AGGAAAGAAUUCAUCCCCAAGUUUCUCCCUCAUUCACAUUACCUCUCUCAGCCCUGAGCCUCAUCGUCUCGCGACUGCCUCAAUCUCUCUCUGUUGACCCAUAGCUGUAUCUGUUGACGACUCAACCAGCGAAUUGGAAUCAGAGUUUCUUAUUGGUGUAUCUUUACGGGAUUGAAUUGCUCAAUUGUGUUGAAAAAAUUAGGGUUUUAUACAACAAUAGUCGCCUCCUAUGGCUCCGGGGCGUAAAAGAGGAGCGGGCAGCAAGGGCAAGGACAACGGGAAGCUGAUUCUCGGUGAUCUCGUCCUCGCCAAAGUCAAAGGCUUCCCCGCUUGGCCUGCUAAGAUCAGCCGGCCUGAAGAGUGGGAUCGUGCUCCAGAUCCCAGGAAGUACUUUGUUCAGUUCUUUGGUACACAGGAAAUAGCUUUUGUUGCACCACCUGAUAUCCAAGCCUUCACUAGUGAGUCAAAGGCCAAACUGUUGGCUAGAUGUCAAGGUAAAACUGUUAAGUACUUUGCACAGGCUGUGAAGGAAAUAAGCACAGAAUUUGAGGGGUUGCAAAAUCACAAGUCUGAUGUUUUGGGUAAUGAGGAUCCGAUGGAUGCUGCGGAUCCUGGUUUGGUAAAGGAUGAGACAGUUGAUGGAUCAGAUCACAUCGUCACUGAUUCUGAUGGAACUGAUAACUUAGAUUCUGAGGUGGGACCUUACUUCCCGAAAGUAGAAAAGAAAAAAGUUGAAACAAAGAAGCAGGGUUCGUCUCCAUUUCGGGAAUCCACAGCCACAUCUUCGGGUAGCGAGUUACUAGAGCAGGUGGACCCUGAAAUAAAAGAAGAAGAUUUUGAUAAAGGACCUGAUGGUUGCACUAAGAAAUUUGGUAAUGGUCAAAAGGAUCUGCCCAACGGUAAGAGAAUAAAGAAGGAAGCAGGUGGCUCGGACAGAGAAGGUAAAGAUACAGUUCGCAGAGACAAAAGCAAUAACUCACAUGCCCCUGAUGGUCGAGAUACUAGUGGUAAACCAGAAUUCAGAAAGUCAAAAGGUCUGUUGUCAGAGAAAUCUAGGUCCAAAGUGUCUGGAGUUAAGCAAGAAAUUCCACCUGGCGUUAAGGAUGGGGUUUCCGGCAAGAAAAGGAGGCUUGAAAGUGAAUCAGGGAAGCCUGCACAAAGAGUAGAUGAGAGCUCACGUGCGGCUAAAAAGCCGCGGUGUGAAGGUAAAAAUGACAAAGACAGGUGUGAAAAUGAUUCUACUGGCACUGUAUCAGAUAUUAAGCGUGAACUUGUUGUAGGACUAAGUGCUCGUGGAGGUGAUUUACAAUAUGAUAAAAUAGUUGCAACAAAGCGCCGGAGACAAACAGUGGAGCAUGAUACCUCGCCUCCUUUUUCUGGGUCUCGUGUUAAAUCCGAGAAAGGUCAACUGGAACAGAAAGACCGUGCAUCUUCUGUUAGUAAUGUCAAGGUUCCAGCUUCACAGUCGCUGAAAAAAAGGAGGGCUGUUUGUGUAUAUGACGAAGAUGAUGAUGAAGAUCCGAAAACCCCAUUACAUGGAAGUCAAGCCGUUGUUCCAAAAGCAACACCAGUAUUGACUGAUGGUCCUAAAAAUGCUAACGUAGGUCGUGAUACUUCUACCAAAGCCAAAAUAUCUGCUAGAUCUACAGAGAGUAUGGGACUAAGGAAAGUACCUCUGCGUAAACAUUGUGAGGAUACUUCACGUGUAUUAUCAGAUAAUGUGGAGAAUUCUACAAACAUCUUACCCAUGGUAAAACCCAUCAGCCAGUUGCCGGCAAAGGAUGUAAAGCAAAUCUUGCAAUCUCCUAUGAAGUCUCCUCAGCUGGUGUCACCUAACAAGCAGGUUGCUGGACAGCAUAAACCUGUCAAACCAUCUGUCAAAGUUUCUGGUGCUUUGAUGGCAAAGAAGCCUCAUAGUGAUUCUGGUAAGGAAGCAGUCGUAGGAUCUGAUAAAGUAAGCUCUACCCGAUCUCAGCCUACAAAUCAGAGACAUAAACCAGCUUCAGUUGGAGAUAUGCCAACAGUGGUUUCAAAAGCUGGGUUACGUCUGAAUGAUGCUGGGGUUUUAAGAGACACUUCUGAGGAUUUCUCUGCUGUUAUGCUUGAUAAAAAUCGAGAAAAUGAGAGUGCUCCAUUCACCAGAGCGAGGACCCCAGAUUCGGCUGCAUCUAUGAAGGAUCUAAUUGCAGCUGCACAGGCCAAAAGAAAACUAGCACAUUCGCAAAAUUCAAUUUUUGGAAAAUUGGACCCUAGUUUUUUAGGCAUCAAUGAUACUCAGAUGAGGAGCCAUUGCCCAAUUAUGGUUCAGCAUGCUUCAGCUGCCAUCGUAAUGCCUGUCCCAGUUCAAGAACAUCAACAAGACUCAUUUCCGUCAAAUCAUGAGCAUCAGUCCUCAUCAGGAAAUCAAAAUGAGACUGAUGAUAAUGAAGAGAGAAGACGUAGUUCAGGGCAUGAGUCAGUUGGAGGGUCACUUAGUGGUGGCACUGAGGCUGCUGUUUCUCGGGAUGCUUUUGAGGGCAUGAUAGAGACCUUAUCGAGAACUAAGGAAAGUAUCGGACGUGCAACACGCCUAGCAAUUGAUUGUGCCAAGUAUGGGAUUGCUAGUGAGGUGGUGGAACUUCUCAUAAGAAAGUUGGAAAGUGAGCCUCACUUGCAUCGAAAAGUGGACUUGUUCUUUCUUGUUGACUCUAUCACCCAGUGUUCGCACAACCAAAAAGGUAUUGCUGGUGCUUCAUAUGUUCCUACUGUGCAAGCUGCUUUGCCACGUCUUUUAGGGGCUGCGGCUCCUUCAGGGACCGAUGCUUGUGAUAACCGUCGUAAAUGUCUGAAGGUUUUGAAGUUGUGGCUUGAUAGGAAAAUCUUUCCUGAAUCUCUUCUGCGUCACUAUAUAGAUGAUAUUGGAGCUUCUGCUGAUGAUGCAACUGUUGGGUUUCGACGUCCUUCCAGAUCUGAGCGUGCUGUAAAUGAUCCUAUCAGAGAAAUGGAAGGGAUGCUUGUUGAUGAGUAUGGCAGCAAUGCAACUAUUCAGCUGCCAGGGUUUUUCUCUCCUCAUACCUUUCAAGAUGAUGAAGAAGAUGACGAUCUUCCAAAUCUUCCAAUACCACAAGAUGCGAAAAAUACAUCAUCUGGGGAACCUUUCAAUGCUUUAGACGACUUGGAAGCACGUGAUACUUUGAGUGAUACAGCCCAUAGAGUUUUAGAGGAUGUAGAUCGUGAACUUAAAAUGGAAGAUGUAUGUGAUCAGCCGAAAGAUGUAGCACCUUCCGCUUUCUGUGGGAAUGAGACAAAGGGUCAGUCACUGGAUGCUAGGGAACCAGUUGCAGAAAAGUCAACUGGGGUGCCUCCUCUUCCAGAGGAUUCUCCUCCCCUGCCUGACGAAUCACCUCCAUCUCCCCCUCCUCUACCUCCUUCUCCACCACCUCCAUCCCCACCUCCUCCGCCUUCAUCUCCGCCCCCAUUGAUGCCACCACCACCACCUCCCCUUUCACCUCCACCUUCACCGCCACCUCCACCUCCACCGCCUGCACAAUCUAUAGCUUUACCACCAUCGUUAACCAUUCAACAAUCCAUUGCUAGCCAUCAACAGUUACCGCUUCAACUUGGAUUUCCUCUAGCAUAUCCAUUAUCGCAUCAAACAUAUCCAGGAUCUGUGCAGCAAGAUCGCGGUAGCAUUUUCACUGGUGAUCAAAUUGUCCAAGGGCCUGGAAGUCAUGUUGAGAGGGCUGGAAAAACUGAAUUUUUCGUGCAGCAAUCAUCUAAUUUUUCUCCAGCAGGAGUGUGUAGCUCCAGGGAGCCUUCAGCAUUUACUUCCUCCAGACAACUAGAAUUUGGGAACAGCGAUGCACGUUUUAAUCCUGAAGCUUCGUCACAGAACCAACGGUUUCAACUGAACAUCCCUCUAUCCCAAAGACCUAUGCUUAGGAACCUGCCUUCAGCACCGUCCAGUCAUUUUCCGUAUCCAAGCCAUGUUCAGUCACAAUCCCAGCGUUCCUACACUCAUCCUUAUUCUUUCCCACCUCAACGUGAUGAUGGACGGCGAUUUAGAAAUGAGGAACCAUGGCGGAUGUCUUCAAGUGGUCGUAGUGCAGAAAACCAGAGUGGUGCUUGGAUACAGGGGAGAAAUUCACAUCCAGGCUUUCCCAGAGUCACAGACAAUUUUUUUCGGCCACCUUCAGUGGCAAUGAGCUAUCAGCCUUCUUCUGCCAGUAACUUGCAAGCUGUGCCUACAACUCCAGGUCAUGCUGCUUCCCAGAUGCUACCAUCUCGGUCAGACAUACCUACCGCAAAUUGUUGGAGGCCAGCUUGAGGUUAAGGUAGAAUUUCGUUGGUCUGCUCCUGUCAAUAUCAAUGGAAAAAGGAGCUGCUAGUGCCUCAUUAACAAGAUUAAUCCUCUAGAUCAAAGCUGCCAUGUACAGUUAGAUUCCUGGUAUAUGCUUUCAAGUCGCCUGUUGUUUGUGUUGUGGAAUUAAAUGCCCUGGGGGAUAGUUUUCUAUAUACUUGUGUGUGUUGUGUUGAGACUUGAGUUGCGAGAACAUAUCUUCUUGAAGGUGAUUUGUGUCUGACGACAAGCUUUUGAUACAAAGUUAAAUCACCGUGAGCGAUGGCAAUCAUCGUGCUGGGGAAAUCUGUGCGCAUUAUACAAGGCUGUCUCAUGAUCUGAUAAUGCCAAAAGUUUGAUGUUUAUUAGAGAUUCUGAGAUUGGUUGGGGGAGCUGAGAGUUGCAGGUCUUGGUGGGAACACUACUAGGCUUUAGAAGAUUGCUAUCUCCUCUCAUCAAUAGAGUUUCUCAAGUUCGGAGGUAAAGCUUUUUCGUCACUGAUGAUCAUUAUUACCUCAGGAUCUUUUGGGACAGAAAGUAAUUUAAAGUCAGGUCACUGAAACUAAAAUGUUGGUAUAUUAUGCUAGAAAAUGUUGUUUUACUCAAUUAGGCUAUGUAGUUAACAGUAUUCAUCAACUGAUCUUGUAACCAAAAGAUUAGUCCUUGUUCUAUUGCAUAGGAUUGGUAAAAG